AUGACAUUUAUAGCAUUGACGUUCGUUGUAUUUGCCACUAUUGUCGGUUCAAUCAGCUCGGUGCCCAUUUACGAACAGUGUGGAGGUUCGCAAUGGGGACGCAUAUUUAAAAAAUGUGAUGACGGCUUGGUUUGCUACGCACGAUCUAUCUUCUAUGCGAACUGUCGACCACCCAAUACUUGUCCUUCACACUGGGCAUGCACGAUUGUCGAGAGCUCAUCAACUAUUAUCCCACUUCCGAGAGUCAUUCCUGCCAAUGAACAAUGUAAUAAUGAAAGUUACACAGUAUGUAUCGCUGGAACGGCCUGCUUUCGACGAACUUCUAGCUACUCCGAAUGUCGUCCACAGUGUCCAGUUACAUGGCAAUGCGAAAAUGAUGUUGUUCACGAGUAUGAACAGUGUGGAGGUGAAGACUAUACCGGUCUGACUCGUUGUGCACCAGAUCUUCGUUGCUACUAUCGUAGCAAGUGGUAUGCUCAAUGUUCAAGUUCAUGUCCAGGUAUUGAAUGGUCCUGUUAA